AUGGCUCCCAAGGUCGCUAUCGUCUUUUACUCCAUGUACGGCCACAUCCUGAAGCUGGCCGAAGCCGAGAAGAAGGGUAUUGAGUCGGCUGGUGGCCAGGCCGACAUCUUCCAGAUCGCUGAGACCCUUUCCGAGGACGUCCUCGCCAAGAUGCACGCUCCUCCCAAGUCGUCUUACCCCGUCGUCGAAGCCGACACUCUGAAGGACUACGACGCCAUCCUUUUCGGUAUCCCCACUCGCUACGGUAACUUCCCCGCUCAGUGGAAGGCCUUCUGGGACAGGACCGGUGGUAUCUGGGCCUCUGGCGGCUAUUGGGGCAAGUACGCCGGUCUCUUCGUUUCCACCGGUACCCUCGGUGGUGGCCAGGAGUCGACUGCCAUUGCCGCCAUGAGCACCCUCGCCCACCACGGCUUCAUCUACGUCCCUCUCGGCUACAAGACCGUCUUCCCUCAGCUCGCCAACCUGGAGGAGAUCCACGGCGGUAGCGCUUGGGGUGCUGGUACUUUUGCUGGUGCCGACGGCUCCCGCCAGCCUACUGAGCUGGAGCUCUCGAUCGCCGAGGCCCAGGGUAAGGCUUUCUACGAGACCGUCGCCAAGGUCAACUUCGCGUGA